AUGUGGUUCCUAUUGUUAUUAGCGUGUUUCCUUAAUGUAAAUGCCCGUCACGUUGGUGAAAUACUAUGCCGACAGUGUGGAGCAUCUUUAACCAGGCAGUCAGAACUCAUCAACAUCACAGGAGUCGAUCGAAAUCAGCUGCAGUAUGAAUACGACUUCCCGUUGGCUGGAAAAACUACAAAAGUGCACGUGUUGACAAAUCCAGAAGGCCACAAAUUUCACGUUUUCGGUGCCAAGACCGCUCACCUGCAUUUCCAUGGCACGCCCCAAUCUCAAGCAACUUGGUAUCCUGGCUACAAAUGGACAAUUUGCCUUUGCCGAUCUUGCAGUCGUCAUAUGGGAUGGUAUUUCGAGCCAGAGAAGACAACGGAACUUGAUGAGGAAAAGAAAAGCUUCAUUGGUCUGGUUUUGGAGAAUGUCAUUACAGCGGAUUAUGUGGACACCCUGACCAAAGUUCCGGACUUCUGA